AUAAUCAAGAUUUUGUUACUCCAGAAUUAUUACUAAUGAAUUAGUGAUAAGCAUUUUAAUAUAUAUUCGUCUAUCGUGGUGAUUAAAACGUCGAGUGUAUCCACAGUUCCUUAAAAUGCGUGUAUUAAUUUUGGUGGCUCUUUUAGGAGCCGCUUUUGCGGCGCCGCAGUCUCAGCGCAUCGCCGGCGGUGAGGACACCACGAUCCAGCAGUACCCGUUCUUCGCCAACAUCAACUACGGGCUGCUCGGCAUCUGGGGGCUGCACUGCGGGGGCUCCCUGAUCAGCAACAGCGUCGUGCUCACCGCUGCCGACUGCGUCAAAGGUCACUUCGCGUUCACGUUCCGUGUGCGUCUGGGCAGCUCCACGCCCGGCUCUGGCAAGAACUUCAACGUGGAAGACUUCAAGACGCACGAGCGGUUCGACUCGCCUCGCCAGGCCAACGACAUCGCCCUGAUGUUCCUGUCGACCAGGGCUUCUCCGUCUAACACCAUCGGCUUUGCGCGCAUCCCUGGUCUGUCGUACACCGUCGCUGACAACACCAGCGUCGUGGCUGUUGGAUACGGCGAUCUGAGGGAAAAUGGGGAUAACCCUGAGAUGCUCCAAAGCGUUGAGCUGUUCACCGUAAACCAGGAAUACUGCUCUGAGCAGUACGCCUAUCUGAAGACCCAGCCUGAUCGCGAAGACACGCCUAUCGUCUCCGAAGAUAUGCUCUGCGUCGGACUGACGGGUAUCGGUGGCAAGGGCUUCUGCAAGGGCGAUGAAGGUGGACCAAUCGUCAUUGAGAAAGACAUUGUGGUGGGCGUGGCCUCAUGGAGGUACAGGUGUGGAGACCCCGUAUACCCUGGCGUCGCCACGCGAGUGGGGAGCUACGCAGACUGGAUUGUAGCUAACGGUGGUGUCUAAUGAUACUAUUGUUUAUUCGUUUAUGCUCAAGUAAACCUGUACAUAUUGAUUGAUAUUAUUAUUUGAAUAGACGGCGUUAGUUUUUAAGCA